UUUAUAUUUCUCCCUUCCUGCACAGAAACCCUUUUACUUUCAUCUGCCUCCCAAUCCAGUGGGUCCCUUUAGCAAGAAGCUCUUGCUUGAUUGUACUCAUAAGGAAUCUGAUUUGCACCAAUAACACACACAAAAAAAAUCACUCUUUUACUGCAGAAGAAAUACUUUAUCCCAAAGUCAUAAUUUUCCCUUUUUUGCCCCCUUCAAUAAAUCCACACAGACGACGGUGGAAAAAAAAAGAGAGGCAAAUUUGUUCUCUGGGCAGUGAUUCACUAACUUUGCUGGAAAAAAAAAGCCGGGGAAAGCGAGCAACACACAUUGGCAGAUUUAGGACUUUUUCAGCGUCUGUUCCAUGUGUUUAGACCAUUAAGUGGAUGGGGCAAGAAAAAGGGAUGGAACUGCACUGCAACUGCUGCCUUGUCUAUCUGUCCUUAUGUAUCCUGUCAUGUAAGAUCAGCACAGGUUAUAUUUUCUCCUCCCAAUGGGAUGAAGAAUCAGAGGUUGUAUUUCCAUCACUCUGGGGCUCACACGAAUCAAGACAAGAAGGGAGAAACAUUGUGGUAUUAGGAACUCAUGAGGUCUACAGAAACCAUAGCAAUGAAAAACGUCCUUCACCAAAUAAUCAGGCUGCUGUUAGUUCAAGGGAGGUACGUUCUGUAUCGUCUCUGUCAUCUACUCCAACAUACAGUCAAUACCAACUGGAUCAAGAAGAAGAGCAAUACGAUGAACAUGCAUCUCAUGAGUCUUAUCACUUUUCACCAUUUCCUUGGUAUUCUGGUACAAAGAACCUAAAUACAUCUCCUUCCAGUAUGUCUUCAUCUAUUUCAGCCCCCUCUUUGGGCAAUUCUAACAGUUCCUCAAAGCAAGCUGUAGAAAGUAGUGGAAAAUUAAGAGUAAAGAUAUCUGCCUUUGGAAAGGAUCUGUAUCUCUUAUUGAAGAAAGAUAGCCGUUUUCUGUCACCAGGAUUUGUAAUUGAAGAGAGAAGGAGGGGCAGAAGGGAACCACUGAAUACUGAAGAUACAGAUAGAGAUUGUUACUACAGUGGCACGGUUCUCCGCAAUCGUGGCUCCUUUGCUUCCUUCAGCACAUGUGGUGGACUGAUGGGCUUUAUACAAAUAAAUGAAGAUUUCAUAUACGUUGAACCUAUAAAUCGGACCAUUACAGAAGGAGGCCACGCUCAUCGAGUUUAUAGGAGGAAAAGAACUGCAGAAGAAAAAGCAACAGAAAAUAAGACUACUCAUUACUCAUAUUGUGGAGUUACUGCUAAGAAAAGAGCAAAAAAUUAUAGAGCAGCUGGAACUGGAAGAGGAAAGAGAUACUCAUACAAACAAAGCCAAGAAUACAACAUAGAGACUGUGGUAGUGGCUGACCCAGCCAUGGUCUCCUAUCACGGCUCUGAGGCAACAAGAAAAUUCAUUCUCACCAUCCUAAACAUGGUAUACAACCUUUUUCAGCACAAAAGUCUUGGAGUACAUAUGAAUCUUCGGGUUACAAAAUUGGUUCUACUUCAUGAAACACCUGCAGAUAUGUACAUAGGACACCAUGGAGAGAAAAUGCUGGAAAGCUUUUGUAAAUGGCAGCUUGAUGAAUUUGGAAAGAAGAACGAUGUACAUAUGGAGAUGUCAACAAGUUGGGGAGAAGAAUAUUCAGCAGUAGAUGCUGCGGUCCUUAUAACAAGGACGGAUUUCUGUGUCCAUAAAGAUGAACCAUGUGAUACAGUUGGCAUUGCAUAUCUGAAUGGAAUGUGCAGCGAAAAAAGAAAAUGCAUCAUCGCAGAAGAUAAUGGGCUAAACCUUGCAUUUACUAUUGCUCAUGAGAUGGGUCACAACAUGGGUAUUAACCAUGACAAUGACCACCCAUCCUGCGCAGAUGGCCUUCACAUCAUGUCAGGAGAAUGGAUCAAGGGCCAGAAUCUUGGCGAUGUUUCAUGGUCCAGAUGCAGCCGGGAAGACCUUGAAAAAUUCCUUAGGUCAAAAGCCAGUAACUGUUUGCUACAGACACAUCCCCAAAGCAUCAGUUCUGUGAUUAUUCCCUCCAAGCUGCCAGGCAUGACGUACACAGCAGACGAACAAUGUCAGAUUCUGUUUGGACCCACAGCUUCUUUUUGUCAAGAAAUGCAGCAUGUUAUUUGUACAGGACUGUGGUGUAAGCUGGAUGGUGAGACAGAGUGUAGAACAAGGCUGGAUCCCCCUAUGGAUGGCACAGAAUGUGGAACAGAAAAGUGGUGUAGGGUUGGAGAAUGCACCAGCAUGACCUCAUCUUCCGAACACCUGUCUGGGGAGUGGAGUGCGUGGAGUUCCUGCAGCAGAACAUGUGACAUUGGAGUUCGCAGUAGACAACGUAAAUGUCUUAGUCAAGGCACUGAAGGGCGACAGUGUAAUGAUCCCAAAAUUCAAUACAAAAUAUGUGAGAACCCAAGAUGUCCCCCUGGGGUGCCAGAGUUCAGAGACUCACAAUGCCAGACCUUCAGCUUACGUUCUUCCUACCCUAAGCAUAAACAUCGGUGGCAUGCAGUCAUUAAUGAAGAUAAACCCUGUGCACUUUUCUGUUCUGCUCUGGGAAAGGAUCAGCCUGUUAUGGUGGCAGAAAAAACACUAGAUGGAACUUCCUGUGGACAAAAUGGACUGGACAUGUGCUCAAAUGGUAGAUGCCAGAAAGUUGGCUGUGAUGGAGUAUUGGGUUCCCUGUCCAGGGAGGAUCACUGUGGCGUAUGCAAUGGCAAUGGCAAAUCCUGCAGAGUUAUUAAAGGUGACUUCAAUCACACAAGAGGAGCUGGUUAUGUGGAGGCACUAGUGAUUCCAGCUGGUGCUAGGAGAAUUAAAGUUGUGGAAGAAACACCAGCACAUAGUUAUCUGGCUUUAAGGGACACUGGAAAACAAUCUAUUAAUGAUGACUGGAAGAUUGAAGAGCCUGGAACCUUUCAUAUGGCUGGGACCACUGUUAAUUAUAUUCGGAGAGGACUCUGGGAGAAGAUUUCCGCAAAAGGACCAACAACAUCUCCCCUACAUCUACUGGUGCUGCUAUUUCAUGACCAGAAUUAUGGUCUCCAUUAUGAAUAUACAAUACCACUGGACCCAAUUCCAGAGAACCGGAGUGCAAAAGUGAACGAACCUUUGUAUAUGUGGACACACUCGGGUUGGGAGGACUGUGAUGCUGUGUGUGGAGGAGGUGAGAGGAAGACAACCGUUUCUUGUACAAAAAUUCAGAAUAAAAAUAUAACGUUUGUGGGCAACAACCAAUGUAAGGACCUGAUGAAGCCAGAACCUCAGAUAAGAAAGUGCAAUGAGCAACCUUGUCAAACAAGGUGGAUGAUGACCGACUGGACUCCAUGUUCCAAGACAUGUGGUAAAGGAACUCAAAGCCGUCAGACUGCAUGCACCCAGCAGCUGAGAAAUGGCACACUGAUCACAGUGCGGGAGAGAGACUGCCAUGGAUAUAAACCGCCAUCAUCCCAGCGCUGUGAGGGCCAGGACUGUAUGACAGUGUGGGAGGCCGGAGUGUGGUCUGAGUGCUCCUUGAAAUGCGGCAAAGGUGUGCGCCAUCGGACUGUGAGGUGCACAAACCCACGUAAGAAGUGCUUAAUAUCCACAAGACCACGGGAAAUGGAAGACUGUGAAGAUUAUUCCAAGUGCUACAUAUGGAGGACGGGAGAUUGGUCUAAGUGUUCCGUGACUUGUGGAAAAGGCAUGCAAUCAAGAGUAAUUCAAUGCAUGCACAAAAUUACUGGAAGACAUGGAAAUGAAUGUUUUUCAUCUGAAAAACCAGCAGCAUAUAGACCGUGUCAUCUACAGGCCUGUAAUGAAAGAAUAAAUGUUAACACAAUAACUUCACCCCGCCUUGCUGCUCUAACCUUCAAGUGUCUUCAGGAUCAGUGGCCAGUAUACUGUAAAGUCAUACGAGAGAAAAACCUCUGCCAAGACAUGAGAUGGUACCAGCGUUGCUGUGAAACAUGUAGGGACUUCUAUGCUCAGAAGAUGCAACAUAGGAGUUGACCUUCACUGACGCUCAACCUCAUACCUUAAAAAACGCACAUACGUUUCCAACAUAUUACAACCAAAAUUCUUCCAGAUUCAUAUAAUUUAAUCAAUUUUAUUUAUUUUUUUCUUCAUUUCCCGCAUCACAGUUGCCUCACACAUGACUUCUUUUUUGUUGUUGAUUAUAUUACAGUAAGGAACAUCUUUCUGCUUUUAUAUAAAUUAAUUAUGUCAUUGGCUAUGUGCUUUGUGCCUAUUUUUAGGCUACAUUGAUAUGUACAAGCAAGCACAAUUAGGGGGUUAGUGGCAAAGAGCUAGUACAGGCACAAGUCUCCUUUUGCACUUGUGCCCGCUUCUGUAAACACCUACAGCUGGCAUAAAUGGUGUCCAAUGGUCUGAUUAAAUUAUGACCCCCUCUCAGAUUUGCUUAUUACGCUUUCGGACUAUCCACCUGACUCCUGAAUGCCAGUGUUCUCUUGCAUCCUGCACGAGUAGGGAAGCCUCCAGGAUCCUGCCUACUCCCUUACUAAAAUCCGGGGGCCUCAUUAAAUGGUUUGCAUUGCAUCAAAGCAUUUUGGCUCCACCCCCAACGUACAAUGCUGCAAAUCACUUAUUUCUACAGGAUGGUACUGGGCACAAUGAUGUGAUCCCAGUGCAAUGCCCUAGUACCUCCCUACUGGAUGCCCACUCUAGCAUUCUACUGGGCUCUACAUUUUAAAAGUAGAAAAGUGGGACCUAUAUGCUGCAAAUGUUCCAAAUGUGUAUAAGCCUUACCUACUUAGGUUCUUUGGUCCACUAUGCUUAUUACAGCAAUUAAAUUUUUCAAUGUUUUCUUCACGCACAUUUUGUUACUAAACAACCAGGAUAAGUAAGGGCACAACUGUGAUGUGUUUUAUUAAUAUCUUUCAUAAUUUCAUUUGAAUUGCUUAACAGUGCUUUUAUACUGUAUGCAAUUUAUCCUGACAGAAAUUCAGAGUGCAGAUCUCCUGUGAUGCAGGGGGAUAGCCUAGUAUGUUUGGUUACAGAGAGUAUAUGAUGGGCAUGCUUCCAAGUCCCAUCAUAUCCCUCUUUUAGCUCCUUUUAUUAUCGGAGGAAACCACAUGACAUUUAUUAGCAGAUUUACACUGACCCACCCUGAUCACCCAAAAUCUCAGUAUGUUCCCAAACUCAGUCCUAGGGCUAAAUUAAAUAAUCCCUGUUAAUUUAAUCGGGAUGAAAAAAGGUGGUAGCCUCGGGCUUUACAGCCCUUUUGCCUCACCCGUAAAAUGAACCUGUAAUUGGGUGUUAACACAUAGAAUCCGGGAUAAGUUCCUGAACCUGUGUGUUAACCACUUGCCUGGCAGGGUCGCAUCAGAUGCGACCACACCAGGCAGUGUUUUAUCUGACAUGGUCGCACAGGAUGCGACCAGUCAAAUAAACAGUGUUAGCAGCGGCAGGGAAGGAAAACUCCCCCUCGCUGCUGCAGCCUCCCUGCACCCUUCACUCAGUGUUGCUGUGCUGCCGGUCAUUGCUGAUAGGGCAGCACGGCUGGAUCCUCUUCCCCAGCGGCUGCAGACAAUAGCAGCCGCUGGUAAGUGUAAAUAAUCGCCCCCAAGCCCCCACCCCCCCUUCCUGUGUAUCUGGCAGCUGUCCGGGCUCUAAAAAAUAAAGUUGCAAUGGUCGCGAUGUUACCGAUGUUCCGGUGGUCGCAAUGUUCUUGAUGUUUCGAUGUUUGAAGAAAAAAAUCUUUUUUUUAACUAAAAUCAUUUUGGAUAGGGUUAAAUUCAUGUUCUUCACCUAAUUCACUCAUUAAAAAAAAAGACAAUUUCUGAGCGUUUUUUUGGGGGGGAGGAAUCAUCAGUUAAGUGGUUAAUACUGUGUUUGCACCCGAUAACAGGCUAUCUAUAGCAUUUAUUUUUUUUCAAGUCUGCUCAGUCUCAAAAAGAUGAAAAGAUUUCCCCUUUAAGGGCAGACUGCAGGCUGCCUUCAAGGCUAAUUGAAUAGCCCCAUGGGAUUAAUGAGCCCAUGGUAAAUUACCACUGCUAAUUGAAUCCCCCUCUAAGUAAGCUCAGUGACAUGACAGGCUCGCUAUGGUGUUUUGUGCACUCUCAUUGCCUGAAUUUCACUUCCCCGACUGCUUUAAUAAAAAGUAACAACGCAAGGAAGAUUUUACAUUGGAUAACCAGUGCAGUUUAGCAGAAAUAUGUUUCCCGACAUUUUAGGAUGUACUCAGCUGAUAAUAAUAAGCUUUUAUGGAUCAUUUAAACCAUCACAAAAUGUGCUUUGACAAACAUCUAUUUCUACAGCUACACAAAAGGUAUCUCCAUGUAGAUAUAACAGAGGCAUUAUUUUAAACAGAUUAUGAAGCCAUGUUGGUUAUUUCAGUAAUUUUAUGUCUGCGUGGAGUCCACACAUUACUGUACCUACAAAUAUAAAGUAUACAUGUUUUGAAUAUUCUGUUAUAUUGUAUUACAAUUUUGAGAGAACAGAUGAAUAUAUAGUGUCUGCUUCAGAGUUCAGAGCAAAAACAGGAGUAACUUUGCACCUUGACAAAACCAUGUUGCGCUGCAGCUGGGGAAGAUUUAAAGUGAGCAGAGAGAUUUAGAUUUGGGAGGGGUGAGUCCUAACUUAACUCUUUGCAGUGCAAAAAUAAAGCUGUGCAUUAUUUGUGGACUACUGAACAUGCAAAAACAGCCAGUAUUUACCAUGCAGGCAAAAAAAUAAUAUACACUCCUAGCACUGCAACAUGUUUUUUUCCUGGCACAAUGUUACAAAUUUUUUGCUUUGCUCCAUAACAGCCCUAUAAUUGCUAAUGUUGAAGGAAAUGUCCAAGAAAAUAUGUUUUCACUGCUCUCCUCCAAUGCAAUGGUUGUAGUUGUGUGCCAUGGACAAUCGCCAUUUAUAUUCACUCUGGAGGUUGAAUGGAUUCUUACCUGUGCCUUAGCUUCCAUAAUUAGGAAAGUUUAUAGUACAGUGAUGGAAAAACAAUGAGUAAGCUUCCUGUGAUGGCAAGGGAAGGGGGACCUUCAGGAUCAGCAGUGUGUAAGUCAUCGAACUCCAGUGGUUCUACUCUUGGAAAAGAGUCAGUAUUUACUUUUAUACCCCACUUAUUAUCAAGUAACCGGUCACCGCCAUCUGUAGCUUUGGAGUUGAUAAUCUUCAGCUUUCUAUUUUACCAUUUCAAUUAAGUGAAUUAGAAUUGACCAAGUCUGAUAGUCUAUAACUGAAUUGGAUGAGUUUAGGCCACUUGUUGACAUGGGGAAGAUCUAGAAUUGAAAUGGUAAAAUAGAUUGUCUCACAAUAUUCACUAAAUUAGAUUACAUUCAUAAUUACUUUAUUCUGCCCUAUACAAUGAAGUUAACCACAACCAAAUGUACAAUUUGUGGUAACCGGUUACCUGUCUGUAAAUUGGAUAAGUAGAAUUUCUGGACAAAUGGUAAUGAAUCAGAGAUGCCUACUGUAUUAUUGUAUUCAGUGGGGUUUUUUUUUCUUUUCCAUGGGAUCAUUUCAAUUGGUUUAAGUGGUGAGAUUUAUUUUAAUUUUGUAAUCUCUUCUCAGUAGCAGUAGAAGAGCCCUGGCCAGUCUUAUCGCUGCACUAGCUCAUUCUGAUACUAAAUAAUUAUACCAAAGAGCUAACACAGUAUAAUAUCUGCACUGAGUACUGUAGUUUUCGAAGACUGGGGUGGCAGAAAAAUCUGGUCUCGUUAUAUGGUGCUAUGCCAGAAAAUAGAAGUUCUUCUUGUUUUCUGGUUUUAUCUUUGAAGCUACAAUAAAUGUCUGAAAAGAGGUAUAUGUUAUAUCCUUGUGUGAUCUAAGUAUGUUCUUAUGUUGUCCUGUUGGCAUUCGCUUCUAGCUUAAGCUUUAAUACUGUAUGUAAGAAUUCCACCUUUUUCCAUAAAAGACAUCUUUUUGAAUUUAAAAUUCUUAGAUCUGUCAAGGGAAUAUCACCUAAAUUAUGUCCUUGUUGCUGAAAGGAAUAUAGUGUUAGCAACAGUAGUACAAAAUAUUAAUAAAUUAACUCAUGUAACUGGUCUACAUAACACAAGCUGGGUCUCUAGGUGUGUGGCCAUUUUAGCAAAAUAAUCAGUAAGUCAGAUAAAUUGUUCUUCAUUAGUGAUUGAUAGAUUAGUAAUUUGUUCUCAUGUAAUUUGCCAUGUAAUAACCAAAAAUCUAUAUAACAUAUAUAUUACUGUGGAGUCACUGCAUAAGAUGUUGUAUGUUAUCUUUAGUUAUCCUUCUCUGAUUUGGGAAUUUUCUUUUGGGCAACACAGUUUGGCUGGUCACACACAUGCUGGUCUGGUGAUUUGGUCUUAUUGUGAAAUAACUAGACUUUUGUACAAUAUAUGUAUAUCUUUAGCAUCCAUUGCAACCUAGGCUCCUCCCUAUAGCACAGUAGUCACUGAGCUGCACAGAUUUCCUUAAACUGUUUGACAAACCAAGGUGGGAAGAAAGCAGAAACAGCAUGUUGCCUACGGAUCCACAGGGUCUUUAUCCAGCUCUUAAAGGCAUGAUUAGGGUCACCAUUUUAUUCCUUUAAUAAGGGAAACGCAGUCAUAGAACCAAAGUAAUUGAUAUGUGUCUCUUAUUAACCCCUUUUUUGCCACUUUUUGAGCUGGUCUCAUUUUUACAUCAGUAUUAGUAAUUAUGAGGCACCCACACAGAUUAUACCUUGUUCUUAGUUUUUUUGUUUUUCAGAAAACUUUGAAUUUUCAGAAACGAGAAAUAGUAUAUUGUAUUUUCCUUGUACUCUUCUCAAAAGGGAAAGACAAUCCCCCAAAAUUGACAAAAAGUGUGUUUUUAUUAGAGAUUUGCAGGUUCGGAUUUACCCAGAUUUACUCGGAUCUCAAAUCCCAGAGUCUUUUACCACCAGGGUGGCGGAGACAGAGCACUUUUAAUGCUCUCUACCUUAUUUUCUGGUUUUAAAAAAGUCCUGAAAUAUUUGCCCUGGAAUAUGCAUUUAAUGACACCAUCAUGGGUACAAGAUGAUGACUUCAUAUAAAUCCCCACCCCCCAGGUCCAAGCUAUAAAAUGUGAAGGUGAGGACUUUUAGGUCAUUUUACCAACCACAAUUGAACCUCAGGCAGUGUAUAGGGUAAGUCCCACUUGCCCUUAGCAGCGAAGAGUUUAAAGGGAUGAGUUGGCAACUCUAAUGAUGGUGCGGUCAUUGGCUAGUCACAUGUUCUAUCCUGCCAAUCACAUCUUUAAAAAUUAGACUAAAAUAAAAAUGACAGUAAUUUUUUAGCAUUAGGGUACUAUGGGCCCGUAAGUAAAGCAAAAAAACUAAGCAACUGAGCAAAAACCAGGUUGCACUGCAGGUGUAGUUGUAAAAAGUGAGAGAGCGUUACAGUUGAGUGAGGAGUGUUCAAACUGAAAUCUAAAUUGCAGUAUAAAAAUAAAGCUGUCUAACAUUUGUGGACUACAUGCAAAAGCAGACAGUAUUUACCCUGCACAGAAAAAUGUAAAUGUUUUUGUUCCCCUUGCAUUGCAACAUUGUUUGUUCCAGACACAAAGGGGCAGAUGUAUUAAGCCUGGAGAUAUGAUAAAGCAGUGA